AUGGGUAUCUCACGAGAUUCCCGCCACAAGCGUUCGGCCACCGGUGCGAAAAAAGCUCAGUUCCGCAAGAAGAGAGCUUUCGAAAAGGGUCGCCAACCCGCGAACACUCGUAUUGGACCUAAGAGAAUCCAUCUCGUCCGUACCCGUGGCGGCAACCAGAAGUUCCGUGGUCUCCGUCUCGAGUCUGGCAACUUCUCGUGGGGCUCUGAGGGCAUUGCCCGCAAGGUCCGUGUGAUUGUCGUCGCAUACCAUCCCUCCAACAACGAACUCGUCCGCACAAAUACCCUCACCAAGUCCGCCGUUGUCCAAGUCGACGCUGCCCCCUUCAGACAAUGGUAUGAGGCCCAUUACGGCCAACCCCUCGGCCGAAGACGCCAACAAAAGUCCGGUGUUGAGGUUACGGAGGAGAAGAAGAGCAAGAGUGUAGAAAAGAAGCAAGCGGCACGGUUCGCCGCUCAAGGAAAGGUUGAGGCGGCCCUCGAAAAACAGUUCGAGGCCGGUCGGCUGUACGCUGUCGUUUCCUCGCGGCCUGGCCAGAGUGGGCGUGUUGAUGGAUAUAUCCUGGAAGGAGAGGAGUUGGCGUUCUACCAGCGUGCGAUCAGGAAGUAG